AUGGCCCGGCCGACACCGCCUCCUGCUGCUUUUCAUAUCUCAAAGUCUCUACUCGGACUGGGAGGGUUGCAGGACACUCAUAUCCCCACAAGUCCUUAUGUUUUUGGGAUGUGGCGAACGGGCCAGAGUCGGCGACCGAGCCGCCAGGAGCAGACCCCGACUCCGACCGUUCUAAAACCCCGUCUCCAGGCCACGACGAAACCAGCAGCGCAGCGCCGACCACUCCGGGAGCGGGGCCUCACGAUCCACGGAGAUGCUGGUCGCCGCCGCCGCCUCGCCGUCGCAGCCGUGAACCGGCUUCCCCCGUGGAGGGAGUUCCGCCCGGCGGGGAAGAGCCGGGGCGGGCUCGGAUUCGGUGGAUCUUGCGGGGCGUCGGGCUGGAUUGAUCCCGCAUUCGAGCUGCGGCGGGCGUCUGGCCUGGAGGAGCAGAAGCCGGACAUCGGGGAGGGGAACAAUGCUGAGGCGGCAGUGGCGGCGGAGGGUCCAGGCGUGGGCGCGGGCAAUGGGGUAGUUGAAGAAGAGGAGGAGGAAGAGGAUGACGACGAUUUCAUCACGAAUGAGGUGAAGCGGAGGCUCAAGGAGCUCAGGAAGAACAGCUUCAUGGUGCUCAUCCCCGAGGAGGAGUGCGGUGAGCUCGAGGAGGAUGGCGGGGAGGAGGAAGGGGGCAGCCCCAGGGAGUGGCUGGAGUCGGGUGUCGGUGACGGCUUCCCGCUUUGUGGGUUCGAUUUGCUGUAUGAUAAGUACUGCGAGAGGAUGCUGGUGUUUCAUAAGAUGAUCGCACAGCUCAUGAAGGAUCCAGAGUCAAUGAACAUGUCCAAAAAGUCUCCAAGAUCAGCAUCAAAAUUGGCAUCUACCCUGCGCAGCCUCUCAUUCAAAAGAAAAGAUGAGCUCCCGGAGGAUUGUGAACAACUUCAACAACAGCAAAGCGAAGAUGAUCCUUAUCAGACACUUGAGACUGCAUAUGUUGCUCAUGUUUCAUUAAGCUGGGAGGCUCUGCAUUGCACCUAUGUGCACCUGAGCCUUAUCGUUGCAGCACAACCUGAUAAUCCUACAACCUACUGCUCUGCUGCUCAAGCAUUCCAGCAAUUCCAGGUCCUGUUGCAGAGAUUCAUUGAAAAUGAGUCAUUUGAGCAUGGUACCCGGGUUGAGAUAUAUGCACGGUCUCGGAGCUUGUUGUCAAAGUUGCUUCAGGUCCCCACUUUUCAAGUUGCAGAUAGGAAAGAUAACACUGAAGAUCAAAUGGAGCCAGCGAUUUCCGCACCUGAUCUCAUCAAAUUGUUAGAGGAAUCUAUCCUAACUUUCCGCCUUUUCCUGAAGAAGGACAAGAGAAAGAGUAGUGUCCUUAUGAGUGCUCAUGGCCACACUGGAAGCUCAAUUCAACAAGUGCAAUCUUCACUCGAUAAGAAAGAGGCGAAGGUGAAGGAGCUGUUGAAGAAGAAGAAAGGGUGGAAGAGCAAGACCUGGCCAGGCACAAUGGAGGAGGUCCAGCUGCUGUUCGCCCUGAUCGACAUCAAGGUCGUGUCGUGGGUGCUUCGGAUGGGGAAGCUGAGCAAGGAGCAGCUGCUGUGGUGCGAGGAGAAGAUGAGCAAGGUGGACCUCACCGAGAACCGGCUGCGCCGCGACGGGUCCCCAAUCCUCUUCCCCUGUUGA